AUGGACACGUACAAAGUUUUUGGAUUCAUGCCCAUGGAUAUAUAUGCUAAUGCAGAGUUUGACUCACUGGGGCGGAAAAUAGACUUAAAUGACCUGUGCGAAGGACCAUGUCCAAAACCUAAAGCUCCAAAUAAUUUUGUUGGCAUGGAGGCCUGUAUAUGGUCAGAAACUAUACGAAAUGAAAGUCAACUUUUUGAAAUGACUUUUCCACGACUUCUUGCUUUUGCUGAACGGGCAUGGCAUGAGGCAGGGUGGGAGAACUCGAAAAUACCUAAAGAAAGAAAAAAUGCGAAAAUGAGGGAUUUUAAGAGAUUUGUAAAUAUUGUAGGAAGGAAGGAAUUGUGUCGUUUGGAAGAUGCUGGGAUCACAUAUAGGAUUCCGCCACCAGGUUUGUCUUUUUCUGAGGAGAAGAGGGUUCUUAAAAUAAAUACCUUUUAUUCUAGGCAUGAAGUCAUGAUAUCGCUUGGGAAUGACAGUAGAUCAUGGAGAAGUGUCGGCACAGAAACUCAAAUACCAAAGGGAGUAUCAGAUAUUCAUGCAUAUGCUGUCUCGCCAUUUUUGAACAGAAAAAGUAGAACAGUAUCGUUACAUAUCACAAACGAUGCUGAAUCUAAUAUUUCGCACAGGAGUUACACGUGUAUCUUUGCGAUAAUGCCAAUUCAGUUAUUUGUAAAUAUAUGUAUUCACUAUUUGAUACUAUGA